AUGCUGCAAGAUACUGAAGUAGACUCUAAAGGAGAAGUCAUUCAGUGUGCCAUAUUAGUAGGCUAUGAACCAGUGAGUACUGAGGAAGCACUCAAAAAGAGAGUGUGGCUGAAGGCCAUGAAAGAAGAACUUGAGGCUAUAGAAAGAAACAACACUUGGAAGUUGGCCGAGCUUCCAAAGGACAAGAAAACCAUCAACAACAAAUGGGUUUUCAAGGUGAAACUGAAGCCAAAUGGAUCAAUUAGAAAACACAGAGCAAGGUUAAUGGCAAGUGAUUUUCUACAGAAACCUGGGUUAGACUACCUUGAGGUUUUUUCUCCUAUUGGGAGACAUGAGACAAUCAGAUUAUUCAUUGUGAUAACUGCUAACAUGAAUUGGCUUCUAAACAUUUAG